CUUUUAGGUGAACCCAAUAAUCUUUGCUGCCUUUUCUAAUUUCUACAAGCAAAAAGGCGCUUUUUAUAACGGCGAGCCCGCCUUCGUCUUCACCUGGCAAAGCCGAAAGAAAAUUGCCGAAAGCUGCAAUCUUUGUUUUGAGAUCAACUGCUAAACAAACCUUCAAUAUUUUUCUAAUCAAACCAACAAAUGAAAGCGAAAAGAGUUCUUGUCCGCACUCAGAGGCGGGAGGUUUAUAGGUUGGAAGGAGAACAUUCAUAACUUUCAGCAAAGAAUCUUAAUCCGCAGGCAAAGCAGCAAGAAAAUCUAGUUUUAGAGAACAAGAAAGAGCAAAAAAGAAAAGGCUCUUAGCAUUUUGAAGAAAAGGCUUUUAGCAUUUUGGAUAAGCUCUCUUUCUGAAUCUCUAUCGGAAUUUUUAACAUUUUAAAAAGAUUUUGAUUUGGCUUUCUUCCCAUCUAUCCCUAGAUUCGCAAGCAAGGUAAGAAUGUAAGUGACUGAAGGUGUCUGCAAGGGAGAUUUAGGGGGAGAGAGAGAGUCAUUAUAUUUCUCUCUCCUACUCCUCAUAUCCUCCAGUCCCUUCGGUUAUCCUAAUCACCAGCCUACCGCUCCCCCAAUCUUCUUUCCUUUCUACAAAACCCUCCAAACCCUAGCAGAAAAGUGAACACAUUUUCCCAAUUAAAUUAUUGCAGUGUUUCAUUAUUAUAAUAAUUUUUUAUUAUAUAAACCACCUCACAUUUCCCAAGAUUUGCAGCUUCCCAAGUUGUUGUUUGUUGUUAAUACUGGGCAGCAUUGGAGAGAAAGAUCUCUCUCAAAGAAGAGUCUUUUAUACAGAAGCGUAAAAACACAACAGCAGCCAACAACAAACAAAUACCCUUUGGCCCUCCCUCAUUAUUGUUCUUUCUUUCAUCCUUGCUUUCAAGGAUGCUUCCUACCACCUGCAUUCUCUUAAUAUGCCUCUUGAGCUCUCUCUCCCCCCUCACCAGAGCUUCUUCCCUCAACCUCACCCUCCCUCACCAACACCCCAACCCUGAAGCUGUUGCUCAAGAAGUACAAAGGAGAGUCAAUGCAUCUCUAUCCAGACGCCAAAUGCUGUCCCUCGAACUCAAAGAACAACAACAAUGUCUAAUCGGCAACCCAAUUGACGAUUGCUGGCGCUGCGACUCGAACUGGGCCAGAAACCGCCAAAAGCUCGCCGAUUGCGGCAUUGGGUUCGGCCAAGACGCCAUGGGAGGCAAAGGAGGCCAGAUCUACAUCGUCACCGACUCGUCCGAUCGGGACCCAGCCAACCCAGUCCCGGGCACUCUCCGCCACGCCGUGAUCCAAACGGAGCCCCUCUGGAUCAUCUUCUCCGCCGACAUGACCAUCAAGCUCAAAUGCGAGCUCAUCGUCAACAGCUUCAAGACCAUUGACGGCCGGGGCUUCAACGUCCACGUCACCGGCGGCGGCUGCAUAACACUCCAGUACGUCUCCAACAUCAUCAUACACAACAUCCACGUCCACCACUGCAAACCCGCGGGUAACACUAACGUCGCCUCCAGCCCCACCCACGUCGGGUGGCGCGGAAAAUCGGACGGCGACGGCAUCUCCCUAUUUGGCGCUCGCAAAAUCUGGAUCGACCAUUGCUCGCUCUCCUACUGUGCCGACGGCCUGAUCGACGCCAUAAUGGGGUCCACAGGGAUCACCAUCUCGAACAGCUACUUUGCCCACCACGAUGAGGUGAUGCUUUUGGGCCACGACGAUAAGUACAUGCCGGACUCGGGAAUGCAGGUGACGAUUGCGUUCAACCACUUCGGUGAGGCGCUGGUGCAGCGUAUGCCUCGGUGCAGGCGCGGGUACAUACACGUGGUUAACAACGACUUCACGCAGUGGGAGAUGUAUGCUAUCGGCGGUAGCGCUAACCCCACCAUUAACAGCCAGGGGAAUCGGUACACUGCUCCCCAGGACCAAAACGCCAAGGAGGUAACAAAGCGCGUGGACACGAACGAGGGGGAUUGGUCCGACUGGAAUUGGAGGACGGACGGGGACAUAAUGGUAAAUGGCGCUUUUUUUGUGCCCUCAGGAGCAGGAAUGAGCACUCAGUAUGCGAGGGCCUCAAGCACUGAGCCGAAGUCGGUUGCCCUCAUCGACCGCCUCACAAACAACGCCGGUGUCUUUGGUGACCCCAGGAGCAGUACCAGCGUAUCACACCCCGGAGAUGAUGGCGGUGGGACCAUCACCGAUGGCACCAACACAGGAAGUGAAGGGGCCAGCGGCGGUGACGGAGACUAUUUUGGAAUGAUAUUUGGGAACGGUGCUCCACCAAGCUCCUCAUCAUCUUCAAACACAAUAUUCUUGUCUCUUCUAAUUAUUUUUAUUUUGUACGUUACCAUCAACCAUGGUGGUGCUCUAUUAUCAUUACCCUUAUUAUUAACAUUAUUAUAGAAUUCAAAGAAAAUAUCAUUAUCCGAUAAAAA